AUGGUUACUACCUCCAUGGAUGAUGUGAUUGAGACACCGCUGACUUGUGAAAAUUGUCCGCUUUUGAUGAAUGAUAAAAUUCUCCAGAUUUAUCUUAUUUGUUUACCACAUAAGAAGGUUGAUGUGGUCUUGGGGAUGGAUUGGCUUUCAUCCAAUUCGGUGUUUAUUAGAUGUGAAGAGAAGUUAAUGAUCGUUCCAUCUAGUGAAAUUACUCCAAAGGAUGUUUUAACUACUAUCUUGGAAGGUACGGUUGGCAUGGUUAAUUUCUUAUUUGAGAAGGAAAAGUCAGUUCUCUUGGUUCUCACCAAGGAACCUGGAGAUAAUAUGAAACUUACACAAAUUCCCAUCAUUUGUGAAUUUCUAGAAGUUUUCCCUGAGGAUGUCACUUCUCCUCCUCGUAUGAGGGAAGUGGAAUUAUCUAUUGAUCUGAUACCUGGGACGGCUCCAAUCCCAAUUUUCCAUAUCAUAUGGCACCACUCGAGUUGA